UUUUUUUUUUUUAUUUUUACUUAAUGGAAACAUCUAAAUAUCAUCAUCAUCAAAGACGAUACACUGAUACUUGCCUCUAUCUUACUCCUCCUUCUCCUCUUUAUGCUAUUCAAUCUACUAAAAGUAGAUUCUCCUGUACAGCCGCACCUACUUAUCAUCCACUUGGCCAUCACCAACCAACAGUAUCAUUAGAUAGUAGUGAUUCAUUUGUACAACAAAUCAAUCAUCAUAAAAAACGGUAUAGUUUAUCAGAUACAUUGACUCCUUUAGAUGGAUUCAACACUAACGAAGGCUCCACCAUUGACGUGACCGAUUGUUCAGAUAAGCAGCAGCACCAGCAGCGGCAUGCCAUGGCAACCACUACAACCACCACAGUAACAAAAUCGACAGGUCUAACCAAUAAAUCCCAUACGUCUAUUGAUAUCACUCAUCAAGUACCAACUAAAACUGUACGAAUUGAACGAGACUAUUCAAAGGGAGAUGGGAUCACUCAGUUUUGUACGGAAUUACCUUUAGCUUUGGAAGGAAAAAUCACUUCGGAACAAUUCUCUCAUACCAUCAAUACCAUCAAUGCACUAUUGAACAGUGCGGAAAGGUUAACUUGGUCUGGAGUGUUUUACAAUAUGAUGGAAAUAGCUACGAUCUACCUUUGGCCUAUUUUUUUUAAUUCUCAUUAUCAAAAGACUAUUCACAAGUUAUUAAAGUUUAUUGAACAAGAAAAUCAUCAAGUAUAUCAUCAACAACGACUCUCCAUACGCAAUCCAGUCAAAACUGCCUUUCUAUUUGUGAGUAUUUAAAAAAAAAAAAAAGGGGAAGAUCAAUGUAUGUAUAAUGUCGUCUGGGUCUAAAACAAUCUCUCUUUUUUCUUUCUCUAUUAGCUUGAAAUUCAAGUAUUCGAUUAGAUAUAUCGUUUCUUUUACUUUUAAUUCAUAUACAUACACACACACACACACACGCAAAUAUAUACAUUUAUUUUGUCUUCCCUUUUUACAUUUUUUUUUUAUUUGAAUCCAUC